UUCAUAUGAAAGUUAUGUUGUCUGCUUGCUUACAGUCCAACACAGUCCAACAUGGCUGGCGAUAGUGGAGGUUUAUCUAUUCAUAAGUAUUUUUAUUGUGUAUGUUGUUAUUCCAUUACAAGAUGUACCCGGUUAAUUUUGUAGUAUCUAAAGAAGGUAGAACGACAAAAUGCCUAGACCAGGCAAAAAAACAGGGAGAAGGCUGACAUUGAAAGGAAGGAGCAAUAAAAACCUUGGAGACGUGACAAUCAACGAUUUUGCAAAUUCUCCGACCGGGGUUCAUGCAAGACUUAAAAAAGCUACUACAAGUGUCUCCUCUGAAGUGAAACAAGUAAUGACAAAGCAGGAAGAUGACGACCGUGCAUGGGAUGAAAAGUUUGAUGAUUUUAAUGAAGUCACAGAGCUUUCUGAAGAAGCGAAUGAUGACAAACCGGAGGAUGGUAUUAAGAAGCAAAGCAGACAUCGUAAGAAGGGAAAGUCCAUCACACAGCCGUUAAUAGAUGAAGGAGGUAUUGAUUAUCCAUUGGAUUUGUGGUUUCUUAUAUCGGAGUACAUCAGUCCAGAAGCAGUUGGGAAAUUUGCGAGUAUUUGCAAAAGUUCCUGUCAUGUUGUGAAAACCGCAAAAUUUUGGUUUCAUCUGUACAAGAGGUACUACAAAUCGGUACCAGGUUUACCGGAACGUUUGCAGCCAGAGUGCAUGGUGCGUUUGUAUGGAUUGCGUGCUUGUGUGAUUAGAACUUUGCAUUACACUUAUUUUGCCUUUCGGGACAAUAGGAUUCCCAAUUAUUAUGCAGCUCAUAGAGAACCAUAUGCGUUGGUGAAACGUCAGUGCUGUCUUAUGUGGCAUAAAUUUAAAUUUUGUUUACAGAAAGGAAAAGCGCGCUGGUAUUUUUUCUUUAAAAUGAAAGACGUAUCAAACACCCAGAGUAUUUCUUUAAAACAGUUGGACAGAACCGGUAACCGAAAACCAGAUCUUGUUGAAAUAUUAGAGGAUGUCUCUGCAAAUCCGGAGGAAGGCUGUAAGGUCCUUCGAGUGGCUUGUGCAAAGUAUAGCAUGGUACCCAUGGUGAUUGGUUUAACACUACAGACUGUGACAGUAACUUUGUCAUCAGGUUACGAUCAUCAUAAACUACAACUUGGAUUUGGAACUGCAUGUACUCCUAAAAAUAUAGCGAGUCAGUUAGUGGUCUUGGAUGGAGUCAUCGAAAUUCGGGUUUUGGAUUGGUGGAGCCCUUUUUAUCCUCAUCAGGAUAUGGCAACCACUAUUGUUGUACCACCUUCCAAUGAUUCAUCAGAUUGGAACACAUUGUGUCUUGAUGGACAGUCCAUGUUUACAGCUGUAAGCAAUUCCUUGAGAGUUGAAAUUGCGAACACAUAAUCAGUUUCUCAAAACUAAUAACUUUCCAUGUGUUGUAUAGAUUCUUACAGUUUUUUUAAUUUACACUUGGAAAAUUUAUCUUUUUCUAACCAAUAAUUCUCAAUUCACUUUAUAGUACUAUGGAUUACAGUUGAAACUCAUUCUUAGUUUUCUUUCUUUGUUAUUAAAAACAAGUGAUUUAUAUUAUUUUUGACAAACAUUGAAGACCACUGCAAAUGUACAUAUAAUUAAGAAAUAAUACUUUAAUUUCAGACAUAACUUGUAUUAAAAGAAAGUUGCUUUGCAUCUUGCCAAAAAUUGCAGAAGCUUAUACUGUGUCAGACAUUUAUUUUAAAGUAACAUUGAAAUAAAGUACAAAAUGUCGUGGUUUAACAUAAUAAUGUGGUUUUCGUUAACAAAACAUAUUUUUCAUAAGCAUCUCGAUAGGUACAUACCGUAACCACAGGAAAAGACAUUACAUUUUAUAGUAUGCGUGUUUGGUUCAAAAUUUUUCAUUAUUUUAUAUUAUUUCUAUAUCAAGAAGUCAAGUUCAAUGAAAUUAAGUUACCGCAAGUUUUGAAACAUUAACUGUAUUGUGUUAUGAACAACACAUUACAUUCUAGAGUAACAAUAUAUGAAGUUGGCAAGUAUGAUCUUCCUGUCAAUUGUCAUUGAAGAUGUGAAUUUGAUGUUUUGUUGUCAGCUGCUGCCUGUUACAGACAAGUUUAAGAACUUAAAUAAAUACCUUAAAAUUUAGUAUA